ACGAUCAUUUCAGUUCGAAUGCUCGAAUAAAGUAGUAAUCGAAUACGAGACAACCGAUAGAGAGAGAGAGAGAGAGAUAGUACUCAAGUUCAUUUCACUUCAAAACCAAGCGAAUCCGAGACACCAGAUCGCAAGCAACAGGAGCGAAAACAAAACCACCGGUUGCACAUUCCGUUUUUUUUUGUACGUGAGUGAUAUCAAGCAGUUAGUGCGUGUGGUUCAGUUUAUUUUUUUUCUCAAACGGGUAGUGAACAGAAUAACAGUCAAUAGAAAUGGAGUACCAAAUGAUCGUGUUUGCUUUCGUGGCGUGUAUCGUAUUAUCCGUAUCAAAUGUGUCGACAUCAAAAGAGGUCGUGAAUGCGCCCGCACUAUGCGAGCCCGGAAUUGUUGAAGGCAUGCCACCCCAUAUCCAAAAAGUAUGCAAUGCACUGCAAAAUUCCAACCAACUGUCAUCGGCACUAAAUCAAUACAUUCACAAUGAAGCUGCUGCAUUACUGUAUCGACCUGAGGAUUUAACAUCGCCCAAUUCACCAGCUGGAAAGCGAACUGAUGUCGAUCAUGUGUUUUUGCGAUUUGGCCGAAGGCGUUAAAUUAAUAUCCAAUCUUUCCCCCCUAUUUUGCUCCAGCCGUCACAACUAACUAUCGCCAACUGAAAAGCACACUUAUGCUGUUUCCGUCAACAUCGUCUUCUACUACAUGAAAUUGCAAAAAAUAAAAAAAACACAAACAUUUCCCAUGUAUGCAAUCGAUAGAGAAAUUUUCAUCAUUUUUAUUUAUUUAUUCAUUUUAUUCAAAACUUAUUAAGAGAUUAGAAAAAAACAAAGUCUCACUAUUGGCAUGUAUUUUCUUAUGUUCCAAUGAAUAUUUUUGUGGUUUUGAGAAGUGGAGAUGAGAGUUGAGAGAGAUAGAUAGAGAGAAAUUGUCGUUUCUCCAGCCAGCAAAGCCGAAGAAGAAAAAGUAGACAAAUCUAUGACAUAACCAGAAAAAUUUCGUAAAUAAUUGAUCUCUGUACUAUUAUUGUGUAGAAGAAAUGAAGAAAAAAAAAAACAAACUAAAAAUGUAUUUCUAAAUUAUUAUUGUAAGCAACUACAAAUUACUAACAAAACAAACAAACCAAAAAAAAACACCUUUGCAAACAUUAUACUUCAAGGACACCACACAUCGCACACAAAAUUCAACUGCACAUUCAAAACCACCUCAGAUUUGUGUACUUCAUUCACAUUUAUUAUUCUAUCUAUUUGUGGUUUAAAAAGAAAACGUGUUGUUCUAUAUAUAUUGAUUUUAUUACUUAAAACACACACACACUUUUAGACCCUAGCCAACAGCAUUCUACACUACACUUACACUAUUUAAUUCAAUGUGUAUUUUAAUAUACGAACCAAUUCCGCAUUUAUGGAAUUUUAACUAUAGCAUUUAAUCUUUUGUGUACUUUUUGUGUGUGAGACUUUAAGGGGCGUUGAUAAAAAAAGAUUCCGUUCCGAUUUUCCAGUCAUUUCCCGUAGCCAUCAGAGUCUACAUUCAGUCGGAGUUUGAGAGAAAGCCAGUACCAUUUUUUCACCGCUUUUUUUCCUUUCCAAUUCAACUUCAUUUUAUCGAGAAAUAGAUUUUACGUGUACUUACUUUCCAUAUUAUCUACGAUUUUCUUGAAGAAGAAACAAAAAAUCGUUCAAUGUUAUGCAUUUUCAAAUACGAGUCUAUUCUGUUCAUGCUUGAGACCAUCACCCAACAAAACAAAUGACAAAUUGUAAUAUAAACUUCUAUUUAUUGAACAUGAAAUACCAAACAUUUAAAUAAAUACAUAAAAAGAAGAAAACCAACUAUAUAAAUGUA